AGAGUGUCACGUUACAGCUCCUCGAUUACACACGUCACCAGCACGAGUCCGAGUCCGACCACACAAUAGUCGCCAAGAUGAUGACCCGAAGAAUGCUCACGAAAGAGGACGAGGAGGCGACCGGCGACGAGACCGAAGUCCGCAGAGAGGACCAGGACAAGAUCAACAAAUUCAGUCGCCUGCACCAGCGCGAACUGGCGAUACAGGACGAGCUCAAGGUUAAGAACAAAGAGAAGGAGGAACUCGACGAUCUGAACACCGAGCUCGAGCUCAUUGACGAGGACGACACCGUACCCUACAAAAUUGGCGACACAUUUUUCAACGUCCUGCAGCCUCAAGCUUUGGAGAUGUUGGGCGAGGCGACGGCCAAGAUUGAGGAGGAGGUCGAGAAGCUGGAGGCAAAGCUCGAGUCGACAACAGACGAGAUGACGGAGCUCAAGGUCGCUCUAUACGCCAGGUUCGGCAAAAGCAUCAACCUUGAGACAUGAAGAGAAUAUACAAGAACAGGCCUCAGUCGACAGCUCAGAGACGGUUCGAUUCAAUCUACAGAUACCCAAAAUCGCAAAGAUGUAUUACGAGGACAG